AUGGCAGUUCUAAAGCGCGAGUCUCUAAGUAGUUGUUCGACAGAGCCAAAGAAGCCUCGACUGAAUGCGCAUGGUGUCAAAUCUGAGCCGACAAGAUUUUCAGAUGACUUGGAACGUAUGAAGCCCGUUUCCACUAAAGCUAGCUCGUGGCCACGCAAGCCCAUGGCACCCAUAGACCCGAGCACAGACUCGGUCACAUUUCAGUGGAUUGACAUUGACAUGUAUGAUGGUCCACCACUAAAGACAAAUCCAAAGAAAGGGUCAGUUGUACCAGGCGUUUCGGCUUCGGGAGACAGCAACCAGAAUGCCGCAAUUAUUCGUCUCUUUGGUGUCACUAUCGAGGGCCAUAGCGUCCUCAUGCAUGUACAUGGUGUCCUGCCCUAUUUUUACGCUUCUUGCCCUGAAAAUUUUAACGAAAGUAAGUGUGGUGAGGUACGACUGGCGCUUGAUGCGGCAGUAAGCCAGCGAGACAGGGAUAGUGGCAGCACUGCACGCGUUGUGGGCGUCCAGGUCGUAAGGGAUAAGAUGUCUAUCUAUGGAUACCAAUUUGACCGUAAAACGACACUUUUUAAGAUCUAUCUGAGUAUGCCCAACUAUGUCCCAAAGCUCCGGAGUGCAUUAGAAGGUGGUCUCACGUUACCUGGCUGCGACUUUCGUAACUAUCAGACAUACGAAAGCAACGUGCCGUUUAUUCUCCGCUUUAUGAUUGAUGAAGAAAUUAGUGGAUGCAAUUGGGUGGAAGCACCCAAAGGUACUUACGCAGUGCGCUCUGCGGCACAAAAGAUGUCGUUGUGUCAGCUUGAAAUUGAUAUAACGUAUGAAAAUCUCGUGAGUCACGCACCCAAGGGAGAGUGGGGAAAAGUGGCACCAUUUAGAAUCUUGAGCUUUGAUAUCGAGUGUAUGGGCAGAAAAGGGCAUUUUCCAGAAGCAAAUCAGGAUCCAGUGAUUCAAAUCUCGAACGUUGUUCAGGAACAAGGAUCCCAAACACCAAUUAUUCGCAAUGUGUUUGUACUUGACACAUGUAAACCUAUUGUUGGUGCUCAUGUGAUGGAGUUUGAGGAAGAAGGUGAGAUGCUGGAGAAGUGGGCCCAUUUUGUGCGAGAAGUGGACCCAGACAUUAUUACGGGGUAUAAUAUCGCUAACUUUGAUAUUCCAUACGUACUCAACCGCGGUAAGGCGCUCAAAUUGCAGAACUACAAUCAGCUAGGCCGAUUGGCAAAUUCAGCGGUUUACAUGGAGAAAAAAACUUUCAGCUCAGCACAAUAUGGUAAAAGUGAAAAUGUCAAGACGACCGUUCAUGGACGAUGUAUGUUCGAUCUGCUGCCUAUUAUGCGCCGCAGUCAAAACUUGAGUUCGUAUUCGCUGAACGCAGUAAGUGCUGCAUUCUUGGGUCAACAAAAGGAAGAUGUGCCUCACGGAAUCAUCAGCGAUCUACAACUCGGUACAGAUGAUGAUCGUCAUCGACUUGCAGUUUACUGUCUAAAGGAUGCAUACCUACCACUUCGACUUUUAAAUAAGCUAUCAUAUCUCGUCAAUUUUAUCGAAAUGGCUCGUGUAUCCGGGGUUCCUAUUGACUUUCUGAUUGAGCGUGGACAGCAGAUUAAAGUUUUCUCUAUGCUUUUGCGCAAAUGUAAGAAUGCGUCACUUGUUGUACCGACAUUACCUCGGACGCAGGCCAGCGAAGAUACAGGUUAUGAGGGCGCUACAGUCAUUGAGCCGAAAAAGGCAUUUUAUUCCGUGCCGAUUGCGACACUAGAUUUUGCGUCAUUAUAUCCUUCAAUCAUGCAAGCGUAUAAUCUGUGCUAUUCUACGCUUGUAGCACCUGGAGAUGUAGACAAACUAGCUAGUGGUGAUUAUGAGAAAUCUCCAUCCGGUGAUAUAUUUGUGACUCGUAAGAAGAAGAAGGGUAUCUUGCCUCUAAUUUUAGAGGAAGUGCUGGCAGCGCGUAAGCAGGCAAAACGAGACAUGAAUGCUGCUACCGAUCCAAUGGAAAAGGCUGUGCAGAAUGGUCGACAACUAGCACUUAAAGUGAGUGCCAAUUCCGUGUACGGUUUCACUGGUGCAAUUGUUGGCCAAAUGCCGUGUAUUCCAAUUGCAUCCAGUACCACGGCCUAUGGUCGCCAGCUACUUUUUCGAACUCAAGAAGAAGUUGAGCGGAUUUUUACUAUCGCAAAUGGUUACAAAGCUGACGCACAAGUGAUUUAUGGUGAUACAGACUCUGUUAUGAUUAAGUUUGGAGUUGAUUCUGUCGAAGAAGCCAUGCCUCUUGCCGAAGAGGCUGCCAAACGCGUGUCUGAAAUUUUUCCGAGCCCGAUUAAGCUCGAGUUUGAAAAGGUUUACUUUCCGUAUUUGUUGAUGAACAAAAAACGAUAUGCUGGUUUACUUUGGACAAAGCCUGACAAGUAUGAUAAGCUGGACUCAAAGGGACUUGAGACUGUACGUCGUGAUAACUGUCUACUAGUGCGGCGUAUGGUUGAUACUGUUUUGCGCAAGAUUCUCAUCAAUCGCGAUGUAACCAGUGCGAUUGCGUAUACGAAAAACAUUAUUUCAGAUUUACUGCAAAAUCGUAUUGAUAUUUCACUUUUGGUGAUCACAAAAGGAUUGAAGAAGACAGUCGAUCAAGAUGACUACAAGGUCAAACAAGCUCAUACUGAGUUAGCUGAACGCAUGCGCAAACGUGAUCCAGGCUCGGCUCCAGCGCUGGGUGAGCGUAUUGCCUACGUAAUCAUUGACAAAGGUAAAGCCACUCCAUUGUACGAGAAGGCGGAGGAUCCAGUGUAUGCUUUGGAGAACAGCAUUCCAAUUGAUUGUGACUAUUAUAUGAAACAACAAUUGCAAAACCCACUCGAACGCAUCUUCGAGCCGAUUAUCGGCUUGAGCAAAGUCAAAUCGGAUCUUCUUAAUGGUACUCAUACUUUAAAGCGCUCUAAACCUGUGCUAAAACAAAACAGCGGUGGUAUGAUGAAUUUUGCCGUGAAGAAACUCAAAUGUCUUGGAUGCAAGGCUCCUCUCAACGGCAAAAGCGCCCUAUGUCGUAUCUGCAUAGAGCGCGAGGCGGAGGUAUACUCACGCCAACUUGGAUCGGUAAAUGAGCUGGAGCAUUUAUUUGCACGACUAUGGACUCAAUGCCAGAACUGUCAGGGUAGUCUGCACCAAGAUGUGUUGUGCUCUAGUCGUGAUUGCCCUAUCUUUUACAAGCGUAUUAAGGUGCAAAAAGACCUUGGAGAAGCCCAAGCAUCAUUAGAGCGUUUUCAAUCGGUGGAGUGGUAA